CGCGAGGCGGGUAUAUUGAAAUCACAUGUCUGCUUCUGCUUUUUACAUCCAAUACCGGUGGCAGGGGACUAGUGGCAGAAAAUUUACCACAAGGCCACUUUUCUUUCUUCGCCCAUGUUGUUACAGACCACCAUGACACGUUCCACACUCCCUCAUCUUCGUUCGACUCAUUCCUCCUUCAAACCUCUUUUUAGCACCCCCAUCCGGCAUGCCUCUAUUUCUUCAAGGCCGAUGAACUGGAAAGCAGCAGCACCGGCAGCCAGUGGUGUUACAUACGCUCAUCAAGAAUCAUUGCCCAAGCUUCCUGUACCGGAACUACAGAAUACGUUGAGAACGUUGAAGGAAACCCUCAAACCAAUCGCGUGGGAUGAACAGGAAUGGAAAGAGGUCGAGAGAAAGGUGGACCAGUUUUCUGUUUCCCAGGGUCCGAUACUGCAAGAGAGGUUGGAGGAUUGGGCAGAGGAUAAGGAUCAUUGGCUGGAACGAUGGUGGGACGACGGGGGUUACUUGGGCUACAGAGACUCAGUUGUGGUGAACGUAUCUUAUUAUUACGGCUUCCACAGGAUUCCACAGAUUCAAUCCAAUGCACAUUUGGCGGCAGCGUUAGUUCGCGGUGCGAUGCUGUUCCGGCAGAGUCUCAAGCGUGGGGAGCUGAAGCCUGAAGGAACGAAGGAGGGGUCGUUCUGCAUGGAUACCUACAGGUGGAUGUUUGACUGCGUGCGCAUUCCGGGGGCGAAUGGUCUUGACUACUCAAUAUCAUACGCCGACGCUGCAGACAAUGGUACACAUAACUCCCAUAUCAUUGCCUUCCGGCGCAAUAGACCAUGGAAGGUGUACACAACCAAGGAUGGCAGAAUUCUGAGUUUAUAUGAGAUCGAGAGACAAAUCCAGCAUAUAUAUGACUCGGACAAUGGGGCGGAAUAUCCCGGUGUUGGAGUUCUGACCGCUUCUAACAGGGAUGUCUGGGCCAAGGAUUAUGCGACACUCUCAGAAUUACCCCACAACUCAACCAUCCUGCAUACCAUUCAAUCCUCUGCAUUCACCCUCAGUCUGGACACCGGAAAGCCGGGUGACUUCCUUUCAUUCAGCCGAUACCUUUGGCAUGGAGAAGUUACCUACGAAUCGAAACUCAAGAAUAGAUGGGUAGACAAACCCUGUCAAUUUGUCGUAUUUGAUAAUGGUCGCGCCGGAUUCAUGGGAGAGCAUUCAGUCAUGGAUGGUACCCCAACAGUCAGACUGUGUGAUGAGGUCUGCGAUUGGGUCAAGGCAGAAGGGCUCACCAUUGAUCGGUCCCACCAAUAUAAGAGUUUCCAGCCCGAGCCGUUGGAUUGGGAGAUCAACUCGGGGAUUUCUAAAGCAAUUGACUCUGCGAACGAGGCAGCGAUGGAAUUAACCGGGAGCCAGUCGAUGGGGUAUCACGAAACGCCUUACGGAAAAUCUGCAAUCAAGAAAUUUGGCGUGUCGCCGGACUCGUGGGCACAGAUGGUCGUGCAGCUGGCAUACAGGCGACUUCUCAACUCUAUGCCUGAAACGGGCAAAGAAGGUGAGCCUCAAUCAACCAACCGACGAGAAGGAGGGACCUACGAAGCGGCUACCACCCGCCUGUUCUACAAGGGUCGGACAGAAACCAUUAGAGUCGUCUCAUCCGAAUCUGAUGCCUGGGUUGCAAGUAUGGAUCAAGUCAACGCGACGAGGGAAGAGCGAAGAAGUUUAUUCAAGGCGGCAUCGGAUAAACACAUUGAGAGAGCGAAGAUGUCCGGAAAGGGCCAAGGAGUCGAUAGACACCUCUUGGGUCUUCAAAAGGUAAUAAAGGAAGGCGAAGAAGCACCCGAAUUGUUCAGCGAUCCCGUCUUCAAACGUUCCUCGACCUGGGUUCUGAGCACAUCCGCUGUGUUCUCGAAGUGGUUCGGAGUGUACGGAUGGGGAGAAGUCGUUCCCAACGGUUUUGGAGUAGCAUAUAUGACGGGAUACGAUGGCUAGUCAUUGCGUCUCAAGUUUCUUCAUGCAACGCUAACCUUGACCGUUACUGCCGCUUACAGACAAGUUGAUGUACACCAUAACUUCGCGCAAGGAGAUGCCAAACGCUCAGUUCGUUGAGGAGAUCAAGAAGGCUGCAAUUGAUUUGUACGGGUUGUUUUCUGUGGAUAAGAAGCCUAUGUUAUAAGUUGCACGCUCAAAAGCGCAAGCCAUAAUGCGAAUAUGAAACGAUAUAAUAGUAACAAAUUGUACUUGGAUAAGUUCUCGGACGAAUUUCGGAUAUCGCUCUCGUC